CGUUGUUACAGCCGUUGCAUGUUACACGUGUUUUCGGCACGUUGAUUCUCAAGUCGACAGAGAAAUAUAAAAUUUCGUUAAAAAUGCCGUUACAGAAACUUUUUGUUCUGUAUGAACAUGCUGCUGGUUAUUCUUUGUUCCGUGUCAAGGAAUUUGAAGAAAUUGGUAUGUUGUUACCCCAAGUAAAGGAGACGGUAAAGGAUUUAUUACGUUUCCGUAGUGUUGUAACCCUUGUUGGGUUUGCACCCUUUAAGACAGCAGUGGCUGCUCUGGAAAAUAUCAACAGCAUUUCAGAGGGAAUCAUUACAGAAGAUUUAAAAAUCUUCUUGGACUCUUGUUUACCCGAAUCCACUAAGCAAGAGAUUGUUAUUCUCGGGGUUGCUGAUCCCAAAUUGGGUGUUAACAUUAACGAAGCACUCGGUAUAAAAUGUGAUCAUCUCAACGCUGUUCCUGAGAUCAUCAGAGGAAUAAGAUUUCAUUUUCACAACUUGGUGAAAGGCUUUACCCCUCAGACCUCUACUGUUUCGCAAUUGGGUCUCGGGCACAGUUACUCCAGAGCUAAAGUUAAAUUUAACGUGAAUCGAGUGGAUAACAUGAUUAUCCAGAGCAUAUCUUUACUGGACCAAUUGGAUAAAGAUAUCAACACAUUUAGCAUGCGCUUACGAGAAUGGUACGGAUAUCACUUCCCAGAACUUGUGAAAAUAGUUCCAGAAAAUUAUAUGUAUGCAAAAGUGGCAUUGGUAAUAAAAAAUAAGAAAGAAUUCACGGAAGAAAAUAUGGGAGCAUUAGAAAAUGCCGUCAUGGAUCUUGCGAAAGCACAGGCUAUCGUCAAUGCAAUAAAAUCGUCUAUGGGUAUGGACAUCAGUCCAGUAGAUUUGAUGAAUGCCGAGAUCUUUGCUGAGCGCAUAAUUGCCCUAACUGACUAUAGAAGGAAAAUGUCAUCCUAUCUCGAAUCCAAAAUGUCGAGUGUGGCACCGAAUUUAGCUACUUUAAUUGGGGAUCAAGUCGGUGCUAGAUUGAUAGCACAUGCCGGCUCGCUCACAAAGUUGGCAAAAGCUCCAUCGUCCACACUUCAAAUAUUGGGCGCAGAGAAAGCCUUGUUUAGGGCAUUAAAAAGCCGCGGGAAGUCGAAUACUCCAAAAUAUGGUCUCCUGUUUCACUCCACAUUCAUUGGUCGCGCCAUUGCGAAGGAUAAAGGCAGAAUGGCGAGAUUCUUGGCAAACAAAUGUUCUAUCGCUUCUAGAUUUGAUUGUUUUGCUGAUAGUCGAACAAAUGCCAUUGGUAAGAAGCUACGGGAGCAAACGGAGGACAGAUUGGCGUUUUUCUCAUCUGGUAAAGAACCAAAAAAGAAUAUAGAUGCGAUGAGGGAGGCAUUGGAGGAAACGCGGCAGAUAUUGGCUGAACAAACAGCCAUUAAGAAAAAGAGCGGUAAGAGGAAACGAAGCAAAGUGCUUGAAAAUGGCGAGGAGAAUGGACAUGGCGCAAACGGCGAAGCUGACACGUCGUUACAGAAGAAGAAGAAAAAGAAGAACAAGGAGACAUAGUUAUUAACGAAUUAACAUUUAUUCUUUAUUUCAAUGUAUUUGUUUAUCAAGAGGUACAGGAUAUUGUGCCAAGAUCAAGCGCAAGGGAGAAACUCAGGGAAAUAGACUGUGUACGUUAUGUGAUUAUAUGUACGAGAGGAGUCAGUAG